UUACGUUAGGACACCGGCCGGCUAGGCAGGUGGGAGUCCCCUGCCGCCGUCUCCGCGGCGAUGGGCUUAGACUGGAGCAGCCCCGAGGAGCGGGAGCCCCUCCUGCCGCCGCCGUCGCCCGCCGUGCCCCAGCAGUAUCCUCAGCAUGGGCAGUCCCGGAGGGCGCCAGGCCCCUCGCGGAUGGCGCCCCGGGGCCGAGGGCUGUCUCCGGUGGGGAAUCCGGGGCGCCUCUCGCCGACGCCGGGGCGCGUCUACGGGCGGCGCUGGCUGGUGCUGCUGCUCUUCUCGCUGCUGGGCUUCGUGCAGGGCCUGGUGUGGAACACCUGGGGCCCCAUCCAGAACUCGGCCCGCCAGGCCCUCGCCUUCUCCAGCUUGGACAUCGCCCUGCUCGUCUUCUGGGGACCCAUCGGCUUCGUGCCUUGCUUCGCCUUCAUGUGGCUCAUGGACAAGAAGGGACUCAGAAUAACUGUGUUGUUAACAUCAUUUCUCAUGGUGGUUGGAGCUGGCCUGAGAUGUGUACCUGUAUCAGACCAAGAGACAAGGAAAUGGCUGAUUCAUGGAGGGCAGCUGUUGAAUGGAUUGGCAGGUCCAACUUUCAGUAGUGCUGCCCCAUUCCUUUCUACGACGUGGUUUUCACCAGAUGAACGUGCCACUGCCACAGCUGUCGCAUCCUUAAUUGGUUACCUUGGCGGAGCGUGUGCAUUUUUAGUAGGACCUUUGCUGGUCCCAGGGCCGAAUAGCACAUCAACUAUUCCACUUGCACCUGGAAGCAGCUCUGAACAUAUAAAGGACCGGAUUGAGGCUGUGUUAUAUGCAGAAUUUGGCAUUGUGGCUCUGAUAUUCUGUGCAGCACUAGCCUACUUCCCAUCACGCCCUCCAUUUCCACCCAGUGUGGCUGCAGCUAGCCAGAGGCUCAGCUAUAGAAGAAGUUUUUGUAGGCUAUUAAGCAAUCCCCGCUUUCUGAUGAUUGCUCUAGCCUAUGCUAUACCACUGGGUGUUUUCUCUGGGUGGUCUGGUGUGCUAGACUGGGUGUUAACCCCAGCUCACAUAAGCCAAGUGGAUGCAGGUUGGAUUGGAUUCUGGUCCAUUGUAGGGGGCUGUGUGUUUGGCAUAGCACUUGCAAGGUUUGCUGAUUCUAUUAGAGGGAUGCUGAAACUUAUACUUCUUCUGUUACUGUCAGGAGCAACUUUGUCAUCCAUCUGGUUCACUUUGACAAGUUUAACCACUGUCAUUCACUUUCGUGUAACUGCAGCUACAUUGUACACAUCCUGCAUUCUGCUGGGAGUCUUCCUGAACAGCAGCGUUCCUAUAUUCUUUGAACUUUUUGUGGAAACAGUCUAUCCAGUUCCAGAAGGGAUUACCUGUGGCGUGGUCACCUUCCUAAGCAACAUGUUCAUGGGCGUCCUUCUGUUUUUUCUUACUUUCUACCAUGAAGAGUUCUCCUGGUUUAACUGGUGCCUCCCAGGAUCCUGUUUGCUAAGUCUCCUGCUGAUCUUGUGCUUCAGGGAAUCCUACGAUAGACUUUAUCUUGAUGUCAUCGUCUCAGUGUAAUAGCACAACAGCACACGUUCAGGCGGGGGAUGACGUUGGCAACAUGCCCAGCCUAUUUCCUUGGAAAUUGCGUAGCCAAAAGGUUGCAGUAAGAAACCACAGAAUUACACAUGGACAUUUUAACUGAAUUUUAAAUUACACUUCCUAAUUUGGUAUUUUAUUACUUAGAUUAUUAUGAUGAGUCAGUCUUGUACUUGAAUGGUAAUUAGAUUAUUUCAAAAGAAUGUGUGUUGGGGAGAAACUCUAGUCUAUGAACUGUGAUACUUUAUUUAAUAACCUAUUUAACUGGUUGUACAAAUUUGUGCCAUCUCAAACCACUUACAUGGGAAGCUUAGCAGCAAUAUCAUCUCAUUUAGGACUUAAGGGACUGCAGUCCAUUUUUUUUUAAGAAACUAUUUUUCGCAGCCUGAAGAAGGAGAUGAAAAUUCUGGUAAUCCCAGGGUUUUAAAAACUAUUUUAUUCCUUGUGGUUGCAAGAAAAGAGUAGUGUUACUGUGAUGACAGUGAUUUUAAAGAUAGUUGGCAGGGCUGAACAACUUUUUGGUUCCUCACUGUGAGUUAUUCUAUUCAAAAUGGGAAUAAUGAUGGACCUAUUUGCCCUUCUAAGAUACCAAUCUUAAAAUAAUUAUGGUUAAAAAUUAAAAUUUUGUAUAAAUUUCUUAGGAUACCCUUUAACACUACAUAUAUUUUCUAAUGAGGCCAUUUGUAAAGUUUAGUUCUUUCACCUAAGGGUUAAUUAUGGUUAAAGUGCUCUUACGCCCCAGCAUCCACAUUCAUUGUGUCUUGGCACACUGAAGGAUCUCAUGAAAAUUGGUGCUAAAAUUGCAGUUUUGUCUAAAAUAUUAAUAUUUAAUUGCUUUGAAUGCAGCUACAUUGAGUUCAGAGAGGCUUAUGUCCAAGUCAGUGGGUAUAAGAUAGGAAAUUGCUUAGUGUAGGAAAUUGCUUAGUGUAGGAAAUUGCAUCUGUUGUCCAGGAUUGGUAAUCCUAGGAAAUACUACUGGUAUUGUGGGUCAGUACUGAGCCCUUCUUUUUGUAUCCUUUUCUGGGAAUCUCUUGGUACAGUUCCCCCACUGUCAUUCACACCCCCCCCCUUCCAGAGUCGUACAAAUCUAAUUCCAGAAAGUUUAUAGACUUUCUGUUAUUGAGACCAGGCAAUUGACAGCCCACAGCUUGCAUGCAGCCCCCCCCCCCCCCCCCUUUAUUGUUUUGUGCCACCCACACAGUGCUGUAUUGGGUGCUGGCAGGCAGCACAGUGAAAAUCUGUGUGUGCUACUAAAUUUUAUAGUUGCAGCAGCAGAAGUGCAGCCUGUGGAAGAUAAAAAGUGACUCCCAGACUCCCCAGAGUUACCCAGACUCGUGCUAUAGGUUAUGACCAUAACCUAUUCAGAUUAGUUCAUAAUAUACAUAGUGCUAUCAUGUACAGUAGUUUUGUUAUUAAAUAUUUAUUUAACAAAGACAUGUUCAGAUUCUUUUGAGUGUCAACAUUAAACGACAAAUCAAAGGGAAAUUCUUCAAACAGUGAACUCCAGCAUAAAGUGAAAAAUGCAAUGCCAACCAUACCCACCUCGGACCCUGUGCCAUGAUGGACAUUCUUCUUUGGCCUCAUUUUCAAAAGCUACUCCACCUUGUCCGAUUAUUUUUACAAAGUCUCACCUCCUCAUGCUUUGCAGCACAUCUGAAGCAAGUACUUAAAUGCAGGCUGUCUUUAUCAUUGCAGUUCGUUUGAUAGAACUUGCGUUAUUAAAUUGUGGCCAGUGUGAUUUUCUUUCAGAUUUCUGCAGCUAGUUUUCUUACAAGUCAGCUUAAUAUUGAUUGCACUUCAAUUUUGGCUCGAUUCUCUUUGAGGGCGGUCUGUCUAUGUAUACAGCAUCUGCUUGUACACAACACAUUUUUGUUACUAUAUUUCUCUUUAUGUUGCACAUUUCUUUUGUGUUGCAUAGAAAUUUAUAAGACUAUCUUAGUCCCAUUGUCCACUGGAAAAGCAGCUUCAUGAAGUGCAGUGGUUUACACACCAGAGUUAUGCCACAAAAUUAAUGUGGCUUUGGGUGGGUCGGAUUGCACAUGGGCCUUUGAGAAUGCUGGCAUGCAAUAUUCUGCUUGAGAGAGAAAUCUGAAUUGUAUGCAUUUUCCUCCUUCAGGACUAAACUAUACCUUACACCAAGUUCUGUGUAACUUCCCUUGACUUUUUUAAAAUAAUAAAAAGCAGCCACCAAAAGAUGCAGUCAGAAAGGAAUGCAAAGCCAGGUUUUCCAGGAAAAAGCUUUCCUCCACAGGGGGCAAUUAAAAAAAAGUAUGAAAAAGGAUACAAUGUCCUUUUCCUAUGCAUGUGGUCUGCCUCCUCUGCUAUAUUUUGUCUUUAUUGUUUAAAGUUGAUAAAAGGUUACACAGCAGCACAUGUUGACAUGCAGUUUGAUCCAGUGGUUAGAAGGUGAGUUGAAGAUUUUAUUUCACUUGAGCACUUAAAAAAUGAACAAGAAAAUUACAUUUCCUAAAUGCAAUGCAAGUAAAUAUCUUGUUAGUUAGAGGAGUUUGAUGGCAACCCUGUUAGUAACUCAUCCUGACAUCUCUUAUGCUGCAAAGGCACCUUCAACACAGUGUACGAGAACUACUACUCAGUGUGAAUAAUACCUGCUGAUCCAAUUCUCAGGAUUUUGCUUUAUCCUGUCAUCUUUGGUCUUUGUGUCCUCCUCUCGUAUGUCUGAGUUUACACGGCCAUUUGAAAUACUGUGGACUUAACUUUAUUAUUGCUGUCCAAGAUAAAGCAGACCAUCCACUCCAUCUUUUACAUAGUGCAGACAAAAAGUUGUCCUUUCUGGACAACUUGACUGGCUAGUCUCCCCUGCAGAGUCGUUAUAUCCAUGUGUGUGCUGUUGAACGUCUGAAAAACAUUUAGACUUUAUAAAGAUUAAAUGCAUAAUCCAGAACUAGCAAGCUGCAUAAGUGCGUGAGUUUUACAAAAAAAGGGAAGUAGAUAUAGGUAUUAUGUGGCAUUAAUUAAAGAUUUUACAUCAUCCAGUUACUCAGUGACAGCCUAUAAAGGCUCUGAUAGCAAUUCUGAUUUGGGCAUUAAACUGCCUUGUAAUUAUAUUGGAUAAUAAUUUUAUCUUCUCAAAUUGUUGGGGCAGCAAAAUUGGUUUUGGAAAAGUGUUUUGCAUAUAAUGAGGCUGCUUCUCAUCACUGUAGUUAUUUCCCAGUGUUGAUAUGCAAGUGCUGUGGUUGGCCAGCUGUGAGGCCUUCGGAUGCUGAAUUCAGUACGCAGGCUCAGUGUAACCUAUGCAGGGAACACCAGAGUGAAGUUACCUUGUACAGAUCCCACAGACAUGAUUAGGAGCAGCACGAGGGCUUUUGAUCUUGUGCGGAUCCUCUUCGUUUGUUUUGAGCUGUACAGAUGGAAUUCCCAGUUGUCUGUAUCUCAUCUAGCCUUUAUCCUGGAACCCUGGGCAAUAAGUUCUUCAGUGAGUAAUGACUAUAUAGAACCUCUUGGUAUCUAAAUAUAGUCAAUACCUUAUCAAAAGAGGUUGCCUUUUUAUUAUUGUUAUGUAUGUAUAAAAGUUCUGAUACUUUGAUAUUGGAUGCAGAAUAGGACUUGUUAAUCAAAUCCCAGAAUGAGAAUUUGGUACCAUUUGAACAAGUAAAUGUUUAGGAGGGCGGUGUCUAAAUGUUAAACGUUUUGGAAUUUGCUCUCAGAAUCAUAUCACCUGUUAAUUCCAUCUUUGGGGAAAAUAAUGCUUUGGUCUGCAUAAUACAGUUGAAUUCCACUUUCACAGCUACGCUCAUGACCAGUGACUUGCAUCCUGCAACUUAAGUUGGAGCAAGCUGAGCGUGCAACAUUGGAUCUCCACAUGCAAGAUGGAAAAUACCGCCUGUCUUUCCCUGUAUUGUGCAUGUGAAAGGAGUAAAAAAUAGGGAUGUGACAUUUUAGUCAGGUAGUAUGUUAGAUUAAUUAAAAUGUUUUGAUCAACUAAAUAUGUACCAUGAAUAAUUGGUACCUAUUUUACCAGUGUAUUUUAAAUGUAAGCAGCAUAUUUUAAAUGUAGUAGAGCUCAGUAGUGCCGAUAGAAAGUACUCACCUUAACACGUAGCCCCUGCUCUGUGAGAGAUGUUGGGGAAUGCCUUUUCUAAGAUACUACCUGCUGUGUUCCUUUUAUGCAUCAUGAAAAAACAAAAAAGUAUGCACAUUUCUUUAGAUAAUUUUUCUCAUGCAAAUUUUAUGAGUUUGUCCAACUUACUGGCAAAAACUCAUGUAAUUAAUAUCUUCAGUUUUCUUAGUUUGGGUGACAGCCCUUAUAAAAAAUGCAAAUUCUAUUUGCACCACCGAAGUCUAUAUACAUUAAGAGCAAAUUAAGUACAUGAUUUGAAAACCAAGAAUGGAUUUGAUUCUGACUCACAUAUGUUUUCAACAGAAUGUAGACAAUUUGCAAAGGACCAUGAUAAAGGUGAAGGGAGGGAGGGAGGGAGGGAGGGGGGCAUGACCCAGCUUGGAUGGAGAACGCACAGAAUUUUUGCUAGGACAUGAGAAGGGGCUUUCAAAGUAUAGAAAAUCCUGCCACCAUAAUUGAAAACGCAAGUCCAUAACCAAUUUAGGCUAGGCCAAGUGAACUUUAGCUUUAAAAUACACACAUUCUAUCACAAUACAUGAUGACUUCAGCAACUUGCAAAAAUUAGAAGUCUUUCCUUCUUUUUCUUACUUAGCACAAUUUAUUCUACCAUCUGUAGCUUUUUUGUACAUUGGUACAAUUUUGAACCUGCAGUGGAUGAUCCUUUUUACAUUUUCAGUUUCUUUAUCUGCAGAGCACUGUAAACUAGAAACCUGAAGUUUUUGGGAAGGUGAAUCCACUAGCAAUUGUAGAUACAAAUGUGGCUUAGGAAGCUGGUCCAACUAGUUCACUAUUGCCCACACUGUCUGAUGUCCAAGAUUGUCACUGUGCUCACAAGCAGUGCUCCACCAAAUCAUUAAGUUGCAUGAGCAAUUGCUCAAUUGAAAGUGGUUGCACAAAUUCUUGCGUAAGUGAAGCUUCAGCUAGAUUCUCUCCUUGAACAUAGUUUAGAAUAUAAUUUUCAGUAGCUCAACCUAAAUUUGUCCAAGCACAAUGGCAGUUUGAUACUGCCCAGGAUUUCUUCUCUGUCCUUGGCGAUACCAGGAACCGAACGGGGGAAUUCUGCACGCAAAGCCUGCAUAUUCUUACCACUGAGCUACAGCUCUUCCCCAAAUAUGGAAUGUGACCUGUACUUGAAUAGUACUACGCGUAGAAAGGUGAGAUAGGUAGUGACAGCCGUCUUCCUAAUAUUGGAAGAAUUGGUGCAAAGGCAAGGGUUUCCAAAUGCAAGUUGAAGAACUUCAUUGUCACAGCCCAUCUGUCUUUGGUCAAUUAACUUGACAUCUUUCCUUCUUGAUGAUGAUGAUGGCUUAUUCCAUUUCUGUACUGCCCAACAAUUAGAGCUACAUAAACGAUACAACUUGGUGUUCUGUAAUAUCCAUUAAAUAAUUGGAAAACUUCUAACAUACUGUGUCAUAUUGCAAGAGUUUAGGGUUUAUUUGAUUAAGGCACAGUGGAAUGUUUUUUAAAAAUCACUUCUGUUUUUUACAGAAUCCACCCCCCUCACACACACAAUGCUUUGGUCCGCUUUUAGAGUGGUUUGUACUUUGCUUAAAAUUUAUGACUAAACUACAGUCUGUGACUUAUUAUUUAACAUGGCUAAUUUUUCCAGCCAUUGUUCUCUCAUUUCUGCCAUAUUCUUUGAAAUGGUUUUCUUUGUAUAUGCAAAUAGUCAUUUGCCUGUCAACAUCCUGCAUGUUCCACUAUGUGCAAUAUGCCUAAGCCCUGUUUUAUAUGUCCGACUGUCACAGGAUUUAUUUUAACUAGGUGGUGUGAAUAUGUAGAAAAAACCUAAUUUUUUCUUGUUUUUCAGUAUGACUUUUUGUAAAUCAAUCCUCAAACUGUAAAAAAGAAAAAGAAACCUGUUAGGAUUUGUAAGUAUUUUACUUUUUGUAAUUUUAUAAUAAAAUAUUUUUAUUUUAGGGCAAGUUCUACUUUUCUAUGUAAUAUACUGACAUGAGGCAUAAUCUGUUAGAAGCAUAUCCUGCGUUUCUAUUAAUUGAAAUAUAUUAGAUGCAUGAAUAUGUCCUAAACUGUUAAAUAAAAGUUGACUCGAGCAGGACAGGUUUUUCAUGCAUUGUGCCUGUGAUGUCAUUUAUUUUUUUUAUAAAAAUUAUUUAAAACCACUGUCUAAUAUACAUGGAAAUGCAAACUUCACCUGUCUCUCUGGCAUUGUUUUGAAACCGAGAUAUGGAUUUUAAACAUUGUGUGUUAACUUGUGUAAUGCUUGCUACACAUUAAAAAGAUCAGUUGUG